AUGAAUUCCAUACGAAUAUGGCAACUUGUAUAUUGCAUAUUUUGUCUCUACUGUUAUUCAAGUUUCGCUGCUUCAAACGAAGGAAAGCUUGGAUCCUAUAACAUUGAUACUACUGCAAUUUCUGUUAGUGGAUUAUCGUCGGGAGGAUUUAUGGCAGUACAAAUGCAUAUCAUUGAAUCUGAUACUUUCAUGGGUGCUGGAGUUGUAGCUGGAGGCCCAUACAACUGCGCACAGGAUUCUCUAUCAACUGCUUUGACAGCAUGCAUGUCAUCACCUUAUAUGAUACAAGUAAAAAGUUUGAUAGAAAACGCAAAAGCACAAGCUGACUUGGGUCGAAUAAGCUCGCUAGAUCAUCUGUACAAUUCAAAACUCUAUCUAUUUAGUGGAAAAGAGGAUUCGAUCGUCAAGCCAGGUGUGAUGACGAAAGCUCAGGAGUUCUACGAAGAGUUUGUUAAUCCCGCCAACAUUUUGACACAGUAUGACAUUGUUGCAGAGCAUGGAUUUGUCACAAUGGACAAUGGUGGAGCGUGUAACAGAAUAUACACACCAACUUACAUAAAUGACUGUGAUUACGAUUCUGCUUAUCAUCUUCUUAAUCACAUAUACGGCGGAAACCUCGAGGUUCCCAGUUAUUCGUUGACAGCUCCUGCUCCGCGAGGCACGGUUUUGGCAUUUGACCAAUCUGAAUUCAUAGAUACUCUAAAUCCGUCAUCGAUUGGAAUGGCUUCCAAAGGAUAUAUUUUUGUGCCAGAUUCCUGCGCUGGAGCAACAGAAUCAUGCCGUCUACAUGUUUCUAUACAUGGAUGUAAACAAGGGGAUAGCUUCAUCGGAGAUUCUUAUGUUAUGCAGACUGGUUAUAAUGAGGUUUCGGCAUUGAAUAAUAUUAUUGUUAUAUAUCCUCAAGCGUCAGUCAUUCCCAUCUCCAACCCCAAUGGGUGUUGGGACUUUUGGGGAUACACCGACUCAAACUACGCGUACCACAAUGGCAAACAAGUAGUAGCAAUAAUGAACAUGGUAAAAAGACUGACAUCGGGUUCAACAGCUAUGACGUCAUCGUCAGCACCUACAAUGAUUACAACAACUCCUGACGUAGUACCAACAGACGCAUCAACUAUAAAAAUUACUGAACCGAAAACAACAACAAAGCCAGGGUCUUCGAUUGAGGAUGGAGUUUUGGGAUCAUACAAAGCGGAUAAAAAUGCGAUUUCAGUAAGUGGAUUGUCUUCGGGUGGAUAUAUGGCAAUUCAAAUGCAUGUUGCUGAAUCCGAUACAAUAAUGGGAGCCGGGGCAAUAGCAGGAGGUCCUUAUUAUUGUGCGAGAAACAGUCUAACAUUGGCGACAACCUAUUGCAUGACGAUACCGAUGGGUAUAAAUGUGGAGACUUUGAAAUCUGAUGCACAGGACUACGUCAUAAGUGGUGCGGUUCCAGAUUUAUCCAACUUAAAUAACGACAAAGUAUACCUUUACAGCGGCACAGAAGACACAACAGUUUUAAAAGGGGUGGUUGAAAAAGCAGAAGAAUUUUAUCUCAGUUAUGUGAAUCCUUCAAAUAUUAAAACAGAAUACGAUGUUGCAUCACAGAACGGAUUUCCGACAAUGAACAAAGGAGGACUCUGUGGCUUCAGAAACACCAAUGAUAUAAAUAAUUGCGGAUUUGCAGCGGCAUAUCAUAUUCUCAAUCAUAUUUAUGGCGGAAACUUGCAGAUGCCGGAUUAUGAGAGCAAUGAUUUGCCGAAGGGACAGUUGCUAGAAUUUAGUCAAGCUGAUUUUGUGGAUUCAUCAAAUCCGAAAGAUAUUGUUAUGGAUGAGACCGGGCUGGAAAGACUACGUUUAUAA